AUGGCGCUUCGAUUCUCAUGCGCUCUCCUGGCAGGCAGUGCGAUGCACUCCUACCUCGCCUCCUCCUCCGCAAACGCCGCCCCAGCGAGCAAGCCAUACCUGACGCCGUACGCCACCAACCCGCGCAACAGUCGAGUCUUCUUCGACGUGGCGGAGCAGGGCGGGUCCUCCUUUUUCGGCAUGGCAACCCAGGAGUCGAUUGGGCGGAUCGAGUUUGAGCUGUUUGACGACACCGUCCCCGUCACGGCGAGGAGCUUUCGCGAGCUGUGCCGGGGAACUAGCAGCACGUCCCCAGACGGUAAGCCGCUCACCUACAAGGGCUGCGCCUUUCACCGCAUCAUCCCAGACUUUAUGAUUCAGGGUGGCGACAUCACGAAGGGCAACGGCACCGGCGGCUGCUCCAUCUACGGCACGCGCUUCAAGGACGAGUCCUUCGACGGCAAGGCCGGCAAGCACAAGGGUCCCGGUAUUCUCUCCAUGGCCAACGCCGGUCGCAAUACCAACGGCUCGCAAUUCUUCAUUUGCACCAUAGCGUGUCCGUGGCUGGAUGGGCGCCACGUCGUCUUUGGUCAGGUUCUCCACGGCUACGAACAUGUCAAGAAACUGGAGAGCUACGGCGCGCCGCACGGUAAGCCCAGCAAGACCGUGCUCAUUAGCGACUGCGGCGUGCUGAAGGAGAUGGAACUCUAG